UAUUGUGGGCUUUUGUAUUGUAAUAAUUGUUUACAAAAAUUCUGUUAUUUAGAUAAAAUUAGAAAUAAUUGUACAACAAGCAUACUUGAAAAAAAGAAAAAAAAAAUUAUUACUUAAAAGUCGAUAUAAUGGAAGGUAACAAUUUUCGAAUAAGAAAUAUAUACGGUAUUGGACAAGAAAAUGAACACAUUUCAAAUGAUAUUUUAAGAGUAUUGGACGAAAUACUAACAACUGCUUUGAACCUAAAAAAACGAGCAGACCAUUUCUGUGCUUUUCAAAAUAAAAUUGAUCAAUUUCAAAAAAUGGUUAGUAUAAAUAAAGAUUUUUUUCAAAAAUAUUUCUUUUCAAAUAAAUUUUCUGUAAAAUGCAAAAGAUGUUUAAAUUGGGUGAAUAAAAAGUCAAAAUAUUGGGAAACCGCACUUAAAGAUUGGGUAAAAAACGCUGAGAAAGAACUAAUUAUUCUACAGAACUAUGAGCAAAUUUUAUCUGAGAGUGGAGUAAAACUUAUUGACGACGAAAAAGAAUUGCAAAAAAAUAAUGCCGUUGUUGUUACUCUUUAUAUUAAUACAUUAACAAAUGAUAAAAUAUACAACAUCUUGAAUAAUCAUAAUACACAUUUACCUUCAGAAAAAAAAUCAGAUGUCGAUGAAUCUUUUGAAGGUAAACCUUAUAAAUAUAGAGAUAAUAUUGAAUCAACUAUAGAUGAAUUAAGACAAAAUAAAUCUAGUGAUGAUGAAUCAAACGAUGACGAUUCAAAUGAAGAUUUAUACUUUGAAUGUUUAAAUGUAAACAAUUGGCACGAAAAUGAAACUCUAAGAACCGGUGCCAUAAAAAUAUUUAACCAAAUAAAAGAACUUGCGGAAGCCAACAAUUUUAAAAUUGCCAACAAAUCUAAAACAUUUUUAUUCUUCUUUUGGGUGAAAAAAGAAGAAGGUGAUAAAUCUUUCAAUAUGUCUUUAGAAGUUUGGAUGAAAGGGUCUCGAGUUUUCACCUCUUUUGAGCCACCAUCUGCUGUAGAUGACCUUGUUUUCGAACCAGGUUCAAGUAUCAUGUUGAAAUGGAAUAAACCUAAAAUAGGAUUUAAAAACGUUACAUCAUAUUUAUUGCAGUUCAAAAAGAUAGAUUUUUACAAAGAGUUUGAGACGACAACAAUUGAAGUAAACUUUUCAACAGAUAGUUUUACAUAUUUCAAAGUUGAUGAUGCUAAACUAGAUAAAAGUUUUACUUAUGAAAUUAGUGUACUUUGUACCAGCAUGGAAAAAAAGCUAAUGAGUAAACCGAAAAGCAUCCACCUUCUAAAAAAAAUAUCAUUAUGCUCAAUUAAUUUUGAAAUUUUUAGAUAUCGUAAUGUCUUGAUAUCGUGGGCUAACCCUGCAAAAACAUAUGGCACUAAAAAUAAGUUUGAAAUCAGUUACAAAAGCCAAUUUGAAAAAGAAAAAUGGAUUAAAUGUAACAUUGAUUUUAAUAACUCAAAAAAAUGGUUAAAUGAUCUAAGAUUUUCAUCCAUUUACUUAUUUAAAAUAGUUACAGAAGACUCAAGUAAAAUUGAAGAACUCUGUUUGUAUACAAAAAAAAUACCUCCACUCAAGAUACAAAAAGCUUUUUUUAAAGACAAUGAAAUGAUUGUAGAAUUUUAUUGUUUAAUCAAUGAAAAAUUAAACUACACUUUUGAAUGGAAAUCAGAAGCUGACGUUCAAACUUGGAAUAGUUAUUUACCGUUAAACAUUUAUACAAAAUAUGAUAAUCCAAAUGAACAACGCAUUCUAAUAGAAAUACACAACGCCAAAUAUGGACUUUACCUAGUAAAAGCAAAGUGUAGUAAAGGUACUACAGAAAAUGAAGAAAGUGAAUGGAGUGAAAUAGUCCCAUGUUUUAAAUCGGAGUUUAACAGUUUUGAUGAAAAUAGCAACAAUUAUUACAAUAAUGAUGACAAAAUAAAUGAAGAAAACUUAAACAGUGUCAUUGAUAGACCACUUAUAGAAAUUUUUGAAGAUAACUUCAAGCUUCCUGCUAUAAACAAAGAAAUUGCUAUUAAAAAGUGGGUGAAAUCUAUUGAACUUUCUGACCACCAAUGUCUUAACAAUCCUAUCACAUGGACUGAUAAUAAAGGUUAUCAUAAAGGUGUUUAUCAUCCAUCAGAUCUACUUUUCUAUUAUGUAAAAAAUAUGGAUUUUUCUAGGCGAAGAAAAUUAUACAGAAAUCUUACAAUUAAUAGUCUAGCUGUUCCCGUAAUCUUGCCUUUAAAGAAUCCAUGUUUCAUGGAUAUGUGUUUGCAUUCCGUUAAUAUUUCGUGGAAACCAAAUAUGAGGAGCUUAACCGAAAGGAAUGCAGCAGAUGCUGAGUUACCUGUAAUCUCAAUGUUACGUCUCGGUACACUUGAAAGUUUUUCAAAAGCUGAAGUUGGAAAUAGAUUGAUAGGUACAAAAGAACACGGUUUUUUUACAAGAUAUUUUUCUUCAAGUAAUUACUUAAGAAGUUCUUCAAAUGGUUUAGUAGAAGGCCUGUGGCUUCAAAACAUACAAAACAUGCAAAACAUAAACACAUCGAGUGAAGGAAAUUUUUUAAGUUCUUUUUGUCUUCUUAAUCUUAGAGGUGACGCAAUCGAUCACAAAUUAACAUCAAGUAAACUUUUCUCUUUCUCAGAUGUUGUAAUACUAUUGUGCGAUAGAGCAAUAUUCAAAGAUUCAUCAAAAAAAUGGGAAAAAUUCCUUAUAGAUACGAAUAAUAUAUUAAAAAAGAACAACAUGAUCACACUAAUUAUAUAUUAUACAAGAGAAGCAGCAGAGUUUAUGAAGGAAUUUAGUAACUUUAUUAAAAAUAAACUUCAAAAAAUAAAAAAAGUAGAAUAUAAAACAGAGUUCAGUGACCUUCAAAAGUUGUUAAAAAGUUUAGUGGGUAAUAUUUCAUCAUCAAAGAGUUUAAAUUAUCGUUUUAAAGAGCUAGAUAAAGAAUCAAUUUGUAUCAAUAAGCAGUAUUUAAAUUUUGACUUUAAUAAAAAACUUUUGGAAGAUAUGAGUAGAAUUUCAGAAGAGCAUACUUUUCUCCCUUUUCAGUCAAGAGUAAAAAAGUUCUCCCAAAUGCAACGAGAACUUAACAAGUGUGAAAACUCGGAUCAACAUAAAGAUAUUGAAAACAAAAUGAAUAACAUUAGAUUGAAUAAUAUAAAUAACUUAUAUCACAUUCCUAAAACUAUCCUUGAAUUUAUGGAAAAUAUUUAUCUAUCAAAGGACAAAACUGUUUUUAUAUACAGUGUUAAAGAUACUUUGAAUGAUUGGAGCAAAGAAAAUAUUCCACAUGUGAAAGAAAAUAUUGAAAAGCUAAAAAACGAAAUAUCUGAUGAAAAUUCAAUAGUUGAUAAACUAAAAGGCCUGAUAAAGAAAAAGAAAAAAAUGACUGUUGGCUUAGAACAUUUGUUCCGCGAACUUGGAGAAAUUUAUGAAACUUCUCAGUUGGUCGAAGAAAGUAUUUUUAAAGAAACUUUUAAAGAAUUACCUAGUAUGGCUGCCUCACUUUUAUUAAAAGGCUUUGCACUAGAGAUACUUAAUGGUGACGGAUUCAGCGUAAAUGUAAAAUGGAUUCGUGAUGUUUUAUGCGCUUUAGAAGAACAACUUAAGGAAUACCUUAGAAUUAAUCGUAAACCAAGGAUUUUUGUUUUAUCAGUUCUGGGUGCUCAGAGUAGUGGAAAAUCUACAUUACUAAAUACAAUGUUUGGAUUAGAAAAUCCGGUCAGUUCGGGAAGAACUACAAUUGGCUCAUUUAUGCAUCUUGUUCCAAUUACCAUUCCAAACUUUAAUUUUGAUGCUUUUUUUGUAAUUGAUACCGAAGGGUUGCUCGCUCCAGAAUUUGUAAGUGUUUAUUCACAUGACAACGAAAUUUCAACUUUGAUAUUUGGAAUAUCUGAUCUCACUAUAAUCAACAACAGAAGUGAAUUUAUAACAAAAGAAAACUUUUUAGAAAUAAGUGCUUGUGCUUUGAUGAAAAUAAAGAUGAUCGAUUUUCAUCCACGUUGUAUUUUUGUUCAACAAGGAUGCGAUAAUACGGCAAAGGUUUAUAACUCAGAAAACAGAGAAAAGAUUUUAGAAACAUUAAACAGUAGCAUUAAAAGUUAUGCCAACACAAUUGGAAAAAAAGACAUAACUCGUUUUUCAGACAUUGUAGAUAUCCAAAGUGAUAACUUUUUUUACUUUCCUCAUUUAAACUCAGGAUCAAAGUCUAUAAGCUCUCUUUAUGUUAACGCAUGUUCUGAACUGAGGGAACAUAUUUUAGUAGAUAUUUUAUCUAAAUCAAAAAGCUUUCGAACCAUGGACAAAAUAUAUGACCAGAUAAAUCAAGUCUGGAAGUGCAUUUUAAAAGAAAACUUUGUAAUGAAUUUUUUGAAUGCUGCAUAUGUUGAAGCACAUUACGAAGUAGACAUAGAAAUACGAAAAUGGAAAUCUAAGCUGGAAGAAGAAUUAAAUAUUUUUACACAAAUUUUAUGUCUGGAUAUGGAUCAGGAAUCAAUUGAAACAAAAAUAAUGGAAUUAAAUAAAAAUGCAAAAAUGUAUUUUAAUAUGUUAUCUGAAGAAUUUAAUACAUUCAUUGCCAACAAAAAAAACAAAUCUGGUAUUUUCAAGGACCUUUACGCACAGUGUGUGGAUACAAUGAAACUUUUUAAUGAACGCUGUAUAAAUAGAUACACAUUGCAGAUCCAACGAUGGUUUGAGCAUUUCAAGCAAAAAGAUAAUUUAAAAGGCAAAUUUAAAAUUGAGAUACACAAACAAGCGAGAGAAGUUGCAAAACAAUGUUUACUUACAGAAAGAAUAAAAGUUUUUUCCAAUGAAGAAAGUAAUACAGAGUUUGACAAAUUUUGGAACUCAACAAGUGAGGCUGUUUAUUACGAGUUCAAGAAAUUCUCUCUCAAUGACAAAGCUGAUUUUGUUAAAGACUUACAAAAUGAGUUAUUUCUAAUCACCGAAAAAUUAAAUAACAAAAUAGAACACUCAGAAGACUAUUUAAUUAAAUUCGGAGAUCAAUUAGAAAUCCCAUAUAAACCUGAGUGGAUACAAGAAUCACUUCAUUUAAAAGAAUUGGUUGAAUCAGCUGAAAUUGAAAUGAAAAAAUGUUUAGAUUUUCAAGAGGUUGAAGGAGGGUAUAAAAUAUUAAAAAUACAACUAGGUUUAGUUUUUGACAGUACCACGCUUGUAAAUAUUUACCUUAAAAAUGUCGAAGAAAUCAUAGACCAACAAAUUGCUAUCCAUAAUGAUAAAGAACUUGAAGUAUUAGAAAAACCAGUCCAAAAAAAUGGGGAAAUAAAAGCAUUUUUAUUAUACCAUGCGGCGCACCUUGCAGUAAAACCAUUUAAACAAGCACAGGAAUAUUUUCAACAGUACUUAGACAUACCUAAUCAAAUUCAAAGUAUGAAAGAAAGCGUAAAAGAAGAAUUCUUGAUGAUUCUGAACAAAGAAACUAACCUUGUCAUAGCAGCAAAACAAUAUGCAAAUCUUUUGCACAAAGCCAUUGUUGAAAAGGUUUUAAACGAAGCGCUUCGGUCGGGCGAAAGUGCUUUUUUUAACAAAAUCCCGCUAAAAGAGCAUUUGCAUGGUUUAGUUCUACUUGAUAUACUGCAUAUUAUUAGCAAAAAUUCUUUUAUAAAAAACAAGAAACGAGAAACGCUUCUCGAAGAUUCAGAUAAAAAAUAUAUAACACAAUACUUUCGAAAUCCCUUUGUAACUUUUGAUAAUAAAAUCUACGCAAUUAUAGAUCAUUAUUAUUCCAGGUUGUCAGAUUCCUUGCAAGUCUGUUUUAAAGAACACGUUAGUAAAGUUAAAAACAUUAUUGAUAAUCUUAAUGCAAGUGUACAAAACGAAGAUAAAAUUUCUCUCUUGUUUAAAAACGAACAUAUAAGAAGUUUACACAUCGAUGAAAUGGAUAUUAUUGUAACUUCUACUAUAGCUAAAGAUAAUACAACUGAAGAUAAAAAUGAGAUCUUAAACAAAAUUUUAUCAUUUUUAUUAUUAGCCGUGCUUGAAGUACCAAACUUGUUUAAGACAAAUUUUAGGUAUAAAGUUUUUUUAGCGGUAAGUAAGGAGUUAAUUACUUGCACAGCUACGUGUCCGUUUUGUGGAGCACCGUGUGAUUGUAGUCAUGGCAUUGAUCCAAAUCACUCUUGCAGAAGCCACAGACCAGAAGGAUUUGGUGGAAUGAUUUGGAAUGGAGUUUUUUUCCUUUUUAAAAACCAAUUUGUUACAAAUAUAUGUACUGAUUCAAUAAAGUGCAAAACUUAUUUUAAAAAUAGCGAUACAAAAUACAAAUAUAUAAAGUAUUCUGAAUAUAAAAAAGUUGACAAUAACACAUUUUCCGUAGGUGAUAAAUACACAAGUUGGGACAUUAGCGAUGAUGCAAACAACGAAGUCCUAGUCUUUUGGAAGUACGUAACUUAUAAUCUGAUGUCAGUUAUUGAUGACAUUUUUCCUGAUGCUCGAAAAGUUAAUGUUAAUCACUGGUCAAGUUUUUCAAGAAAAGAAGCCCAAGAUGCAGUGGAAAAAGAAUUUCACAUUGUUAAUUUAGCAACUUUAGUUGAAAACCGAUAUUUAGUAAAUUUACACGAUAAACAAGAUGAAAUAAAUAAAUAAUAAAAAAUAAAUAAAUUAAAUUAAAAUAAAAAAAGCAACAUGAACAAUAAAAGUUAUUAGCAAAGAAAGUAUAUUAUUACUCCUCGAUAUUCCUUAUACAGUAGCAUGAUUUAAAACUAAUUUACCUGCUCUAAACGUUACCAAUUAAUAAAGGUACAUAACCGAUUAAUAAAUAUAAUAAAGAAAAUAAGUUUUUAUUAUAACUACAUAACAAACAAUUAUAAAAAAGUUAA